GAUUAACAAUCUUACCUACUUCCAUUGUCGAGAAAUCUCAUCUUACACAUUCCCAACAAACUGCGAGUUUGAGCAGAUAUCUGCUACUAAUAAUCUCCGAAGCUGCACGUCCAACGUUGACUUGGGCCUUGAGCCACUAGUUAGUGGCCUCUUGGCAUGCCCUAUAAUGCCACUGCUUCUCCAACUCCAUGCAUGCAGCAUAUGCUGUGUCGACUGUUCGACAAUCGAACGGUUCUUGUCUGCCUCCAAGAGCGUGCUCAAGGCAAACACACGUGGGCUGCCAGCAUCGCUAGUGGCUGUCAGCUCAUGCGCAAGUGCGUUCGUUGCCUUUACCCAUCUCACUGGUAUCAAUCAUUAUGACCUCUGCUUGACGAGUCUCUGGCUUUGGAGCGCCGAGCUCCCAACCAGUUACAUGUUGGCCACAAAUUCCUAAACUUCUGGUGACGACCUACGUACUAUAUUUAGCUGCUUGGACGCCAUUGAAUUACCUCGUGCGUACCAUUAGUAGGCUGUCGCACCCAGGAAACUGCUAAAGCUCCUUCAUGCUGGGUUACCCGCUACACUCCAUACGUCACUAACCUCGGAUGCCCUGCACUCCAGCAGACUUCCACUGGGCUUUGGGAAGCCUGAGUCCGAGAAAGAUGGGGGUUGAGGUCUGUGGCUAUUGAGGUGUUCUGCAACUAUAAGAUGAGGUUAUG